AACGAAAUUAUAAGAAAGAAGUUGAGGAAAUUAGUGGAGGGAAAAAAAAUCUCAUAGGCGAACUAAUUAUUGCCGAUUUUCCCCAGUUAGAAGAAAUUAGUAUAGGUUUAAAUCAAUUAACCCAACUACACCUAAAAAAUUGUCCGCAAUUAAUUAAAUUAGAUUGUUUUGACAAUAAACUUACCGAAUUAACUAUUACCAAUUGCCCUAAUUUACAGAAAAUAUAUGCUGACAAUAAUCAAUUAACCAGCCUAGACGUAAGCCACAAUCCCCAACUAACCGACUUAUACUGCGAUUACUCUCUUCAUCCCAACGUUAUAGGACUUGAAAAAACCUCAAUUGUCAGGCUAGAUGUUCGCAGAGGACUUAACCAAGGAGAAAUUACCAACCCCCAAGAAAUUUGGCAAAUUUUAAUAGGCGUAAAAGAAAUUUUUCCGGAAAUGAAACUAAUUGAUAUUUCCGACCUCAACCAAUUAGCCGUCCAAGUAAACAAAAAAACCGCCUACGACGAGGAAUUUUUAAAGCAAAUUUGCCCGCUCGAACCCGAGGAUUUUGGGGAAUUCAUUAAACAAAAAAAAGGAAAUUUUUACUGA